AGCAUGUUUGUGGAGUGGAGUGCAACACUUGGAGGUAUUCUCUGAUUGCAUCAAGGUGGGACAGAGCUCAUGCCAUCCACUCAGGCUGAACAUGCCCAGCUCUGAAAACUCUACAAAGGUGAAGGGAAACAAGGAGAAAAUGUGUUGACCAGCAGCUAAGGGACUAAAACAAGCAGGUGAAGAUGGAGAACAGCACCACUGAUGGACAAAAUGAAACAGAAUUCCUGCCCAACCGAGAGAUGGUCACCAUUGAAUAUCAAGUGGUCACCAUUCUUUUGGUUCUUCUCAUCUGUGGGUUAGGCAUUGUGGGCAACAUCAUGGUAGUGAUGGUGGUACUCAGAACAAAGCACAUGAGAACCCCAACCAACUGUUACCUAGUGAGCCUCGCAGUCGCUGAUCUCAUGGUGCUGGUGGCUGCUGGGCUUCCCAACAUCACUGAAAGCAUCUAUGGAUCCUGGGUAUAUGGCUAUCUUGGAUGCCUCUGCAUUACUUACCUCCAGUAUCUUGGCAUCAAUGCAUCUUCUUGCUCUAUUACUGCCUUCACUGUUGAGAGAUACAUAGCCAUCUGCCACCCCAUCAAAGCCCAGUUUUUAUGUACUUUCUCUAGAGCCAAAAAGAUCAUCAUCUUUGUCUGGGCAUUCACUUCCAUUUACUGCAUGCUCUGGUUUUUCUUGUUAGAUCUCAACACAAUUGUCUACAAAGAGACCACCAUAGUGGCCUGUGGGUAUAAAGUGCCCCGGAGCUACUAUUCCCCAAUCUACAUGAUGGAUUUUGGGAUAUUUUAUGUCAUGCCAAUGAUAUUAGCUACUGUCCUCUAUGGGUUGAUUGCCAGGAUAUUGUUCCUGAAUCCCAUCUCAUCAGGCCCAAAAGAAAAGUCCAAGACAUGGAAGAAUGGUUCUUCUCCUCUGAACAAGAGCAAAACAACCAACAAAGGUAUCAACAGUGCUGCAGCUUCUAGAAGGCAGGUUACCAAAAUGUUGGCUGUGGUUGUAAUCCUGUUUGCUUUUCUGUGGAUGCCCUACAGGACCCUGGUGGUCAUCAACUCUUUCCUGUCUCAGCCUUUUCAAGAAAACUGGUUCUUGCUCUUCUGCAGGAUCUGCAUUUAUCUAAACAGUGCCAUCAAUCCUGUGAUUUAUAACCUCAUGUCCCAGAAAUUCAGAGCAGCCUUCAGAAAACUCUGCAAAUGCCAGAAAAAGCAGUCAGAGAAGCCCUCCAACUACAGUGUGGCCCUCAACUACAGUGCCAUCAAGGAGACUGACCAUUUCAACACAGAGCUAGAAGACAUCACUGUCACUGAAGCUUACCUGCUAUCAGCAAAAAUAUCUUUUGAUGAUACAUGUGUGUCCUCUGAGGUGAUCUGAAGGUGGAGGAAGCAAUAUCUCCUGCUCUGUUCUGCUUCUUCUAGUUCAUUUGAUCUCACAGAAUUACCUAUUUUCAGGCUGUCUAUUUCAAAUAAUGUUUGAUGUUAUAAAACUCAUUAUUACCAGGGCUGUUUAUAUCACAUGGAAUCCAUUUUAUAACAUUACAGAAUUGCUUGCUUUAUGGAAACAAAGAGGCAAAAGGCAAACAUACAUGCAUAGUUACUCAUGUGUUCUAACAUUAAUUCGAAAUCAUGUGCUGGGGAGGGGGGGCAUCAUUACCUGGGUUUACUUUGGACUGAGUGAUUUUGGUUGGCAGACCUAAUUGUUUUUUUCUUCAGAUAGUACAAAUCUUUUAAAGUUUACUUUAUGCCUUAGUGUCAUCAUAUAUGUCCAAGACAACAUGAAGGCAGACAACAACUCCCAUUUUUAAACUGCUUACAAGUCCCACCUGCAUUUCAAACAUAGAGUCCUUUCAUAUUCCAUAUUUAUAGCACUAUAGUUCCGCUUUAACUGACUAUGGAAUCCUGGGUUUUAUAGUCAAAAGAGCAAGCUUGGUAUAGUGGUAU